UCUAUAUAUUCAUUCAACCCCACUCUCCUUCCUCUUGCUUCCUCCCUACCCUUCAACCUCUCUCUCUCUCUCUCUCUCUCUCUCUCUCUCUCUGUGGCGGUGGUGGAGGAGGAUCCAUGGAAGCUCAAGAGGAAGUAAUCAUGGGGUCUAAGGAGCAAACCCACAUCGUCAAAGGGAAGCGCACCAAGCGCCAAAGGCCACAAUCCCCAAUCCCCUUUGCCAUGAUCACUACUGAUUCGCCAAGCGGAGACGGAGACGGAGACGCUGGUGGCAGCGGCAGCGGCGGUGGCUUCGUUGAUGUCAUUGAUAACAUGAAUACCAACUUGUCGCCUACUUCAACUGAUAGUGAGGAAGAGGACAUGGCCAAUUGCCUAAUCCUUCUAGCUCAAGGCCAAUCCCGGGAGUCCCCGAAACAAGCCGAGGAGGAUCAUGGCGGCGGUGUUUAUAAGUUUAAUAGCCGUAGAUUCUUAGAGGCCGAGGCCGUGGCUGCGGCUUCGGGCCCUGGCAAGGCCGGGUAUUGUGUUUACGAGUGCAAGACUUGCAGCAGGACUUUCCCUUCCUUCCAAGCAUUGGGCGGGCACAGGGCUAGUCACAAGAAGCCUAAGUCCAUGGCCGUGGAGGAGAAGACCAAGCAAUUCUUGUUAUCCUCCGACGACGAAGAAGCGCAGUUCAUCAAGAAGAACCAUGACAUCUCUUCUCUCUCUCUCCAACUGAGUAGUAGAGGCUUGUGCGGCAAUAGCAGGACUAAGGUUCACGAGUGCUCCGUUUGCGGGGCGGAAUUCACGUCAGGCCAGGCCUUGGGCGGCCAUAUGAGACGGCACAGGGCGCCUCUAGGGACCAACACAGCUUUGCCGUUGCCUAUGGCCUUGGAGCCUGAUCAUCAGGAACCCAAGAAGCCAAGACACGUGCUUUCCUUGGAUUUGGAUCUCAACCUUCCGGCCCCGGAAGACGAUCACCGGGAACCCAAAUUCCCAUUUGCAACAAAGCAGCAGCAACAACAACAACAACAACCAAAGCAGCAGCAGCAACAACAACAACAACAACAAUCACCUCUUGUCUUCUCCACCGCCCCAACUUUGGUGGACUGCCACUACUAGAAAAAAAAAGGGUCAGAAAUUUUUUCCCGUGUUGAUCCCAAGACCGAUUUGAUACGAAUUACCAAAAUUGUUUUUCUUCUUCA